AUACAAAAGUCAUUUGAGCAAUUAGCUAAAUUGCCCAACCGAUUAGAGAUACCGGCAAUAAAAACGCCCACCAAAAUCAAAACAAGUAAAAGUUCAUUUCGAUCAUUUUUAAUGAUCAACAAAAUCAAAACUAAUAAAUUUCUAUCAUUACGUGGUAGAAAUUCCAAUAGAAAAUCAGUCACCGAAAUGAAUGAUUAUCACCAUCAUAAACAUCAUCAUCGAGAACCAAGUGGUUAUAAUCGGCCAACUCGAAUUCCACCACCACCACCUGAUGCACGAUUUCGACCUCCGGCACCAUUACCCAAAGAAAUAAUCGACGAUGAACAUCGAUCAUCGCUACAGAAAACAAAUGAUACAAUCAGUGAACUAUACCACGAUUCGGCUAAUUUUUAUGAAAUUGAUGAUCUUUAUUGCAGUGUUGAAGAUGAAAGUGUCAUUAAAAGUAAUGAAAAAAUCGACAACAAUUUAAUAAAAAAUAAUGAUGAUAAAAACAAUGUAAGAAAAAGUACAAAUGCCAAUUCUUUAUCAGACAAUGAUGAGGAAGACGAUUAUUAUGAUGAUGGUCUUUGUAUUUAUGAAGAAUUAUCAUCGGGAGAGGGAACAAUUUAUGAACCUUAUGGCCAAGAUGAGGAUGAUGAUGAUUUCAUCUAUGAUAAUGUUGAUUUUGAUGAAAUUACCGAAAGUGAUGAACAAAAUAAAAAAUGUAUAAAACAGGUGAAGAAAAUGGAAAAAAUUAUGAAACGUUUCAAUAUGACUGGUAAAGAAAUUCCUGUUAAUGCUGGAAUUGUAAAAGAAUCCUAUAAAAGUCGUUCAAAAUAUGAUCUAUCAGUAAAUCAAGAUGAAACUGUUCUCAUAUUACGAAUGGAAAAUAAUCCACCGGGGAAAUGGUUAGCAAAAAAUGAACGUUCAAAAAUUGGCUAUAUUGAUCUCAAUAAUGUAUAUCUGGAAACGGAUGCUAUCAAAGCGGCAUUUCAAACUUUAAAUUGAGAAAAAAAAUGAUCAAAAAUUUUAUCGUGUAAUUUGUGAAUGAAUGAACAUAGCCGAAAAAAAGAAAAUCUGAUUUACAAAAUUGAAACAUGUCGAAUGUUUUGUA